AUGACGAGUCCCAAGGCAUCCAAAGAUAUACCCAAUUACAUGAAACCAAGGUCGCCCUUGUCGUCUUCAUCCGGCAUUUUGACUAGUUCAGCCGGUUCUGAUUCACCUAUUCGCACUCCGCGUAAGAAAUCUUCGCUGGCAAUGAAUCGUGGUCCUGGUGUACGUUCGACAAUGGUCACCAAUGGUACUCCCAAAAUUCGGAAAUCUAUGAUUCGUAAUGAGCUUCCGAAUUCAAAUGCUGCUGCUAUUCGAUCUGAAAAUUUAGGUGGCUCUACUGAGAGUGAGUCGAACAUUCGUGUCUAUGUUCGCUGUCGAGGACGGAAUGCCAGGGAGAUCAGUGAAAACUCGGGCGUGGUAGUGAAAACCAAUGGUGGAAUGAAAAAUAAGGACAUUACUCUUCAAACUGGAAACACGUACAGCAAUAAGACAUAUACUUUUGAUCGGGUUUUUGGGCCUGAAGCCGACCAGGAAAUGGUGUACGAAGAAGUCGCCAAUAAAUCGCUAGAGGAGAUGCUUCAAGGAUUCAAUUGCACAGUUUUCGCAUAUGGCCAAACUGGUACUGGUAAAACAUAUACAAUGACAGGCGAUAUAGACAGCAUUGGAAAGUCUGAGAGUUCAGGUAGACCCGAAGAGAAUACUGGAAUUAUUCCCAGGAUCUUGUUUAAUUUAUUUAAAUCAUUGACUGCAGAGUCAAAAAAGCGAAAACUCGAGCAUUCAAUUAAACUCUCAUAUAUUGAGUUAUAUAAUGAAGAGCUACGAGAUCUCAUUGCUGCUGAAGGAGAAGAUGACAAAAAGGUAAAAAUCUACGAUGAUUCAAGUAAAAAAGGAGUUGUGAUUCAUGGCAUGGAGGAAGCCUUUGUCAAGACUGUAGACGAGGCUAUGGAAGUAUUACGGUUAGGAUCAGUUCGUCGACAUGUAGCUGCUACUGGGUGUAACGACCAGUCAAGUCGUUCGCACAGUGUUUUUACUAUCACCGUGCAUAUUAAGGAAAUCUCAGAUUUAACCGGACAAGAGUUUGUUCGUAUUGGAAAGCUCAAUCUUGUGGAUCUUGCCGGAUCUGAAAAUAUCAACCGAUCAGGUGCCGAAAACAAACGUGCCAGAGAAGCAGGUAUGAUCAAUCAGAGUUUGCUCACUCUUGGUAGAGUUAUCAAUGCCCUGGUAGACAGAAGUCCUCAUAUUCCCUAUCGAGAAUCAAAACUGACUAGAAUAUUGCAAGAUUCUUUGGGAGGUAGAACAAAAACAUGCAUUAUUGCUACCAUUAGUCCAGCAAAAGUCAGUCUAGACGAAACACUUAGUACCUUGGAUUACGCCAGUCGUGCCAAAAACAUUAAAAACAAGCCCCAGCCAAAUCAAACGAUGUCCAAGCAGACCCAUCUCAUGGAAUAUGUUAUGGAAAUUGAGCGGCUCAAGCAAGACUUGCAGUCCAGCCGACAAAAGAAUGGCGUUUAUUUGUCAGCCGAGUCACAUCAAACCCUAGUUGAUGAGAGUGAGAGUAGACGGAUUCAAGUUGAGGAGCAGAAAAUGAGACUCGAUGUAGUAGAACAUCAACUAAGAGCAGCCAAGGAGCGAUCUGACACAUUUGACCAACAAGUAGCCGAUAUGCAAAAUCAGAUCGACGAAAAAUCAAGAGCGUAUGAUCAACUUCAAAAUCAAUUCAGGCUUGCUCAAGAAGAACUCGCAGCUAGUAAGCUGAAGCUUGAGCAGGAAACGAUAGUUAGGCAGGCUCACCAGGAUACUGAGAACAAACUCCAUAUCAUAGGCAACGAUUUAGUCAACAAGCUCUCCAGUACGGUAAACGACCUCGACCAUCUUCAUUCCAAACUGACUUCUGCUGUUGAAUUAAGUCAGUCUAAUGAACUGGUAAUUGUAUCUGCAAAGGAUAGAGUAUCCAAGGCAAUUGACGACAUUGAAACAGGUGCCUAUGAAUUCCGAGACAACUUUACUGCCCACAAUAAGUCGCUACAUAAGACCGCGACCGAUCUUAUUGAGACAAUGGAGUCCACCUUAACAGAAGUUUUAAGUUCAAUUCAGUCUACUGCCAACAGCUCACAGGGUGCCAGUGGAAACAUGCAACACGCUCUAGUUGAAUGCGAAAACGAUACUGCUGUUGCCAUUGCUGAGAUUAACAAAGUAAAAGAAACGAUUCAAUCCUCCAUCUCGCUGCAACUUAAGAACAUUGAGGCUACACUUGUAGAUCAUCUUGAUGUAGUACUCGGCAGUGUACGAAACCAGUACAAUUACACAAAAGACUUUUUUGAUCGCAUAUCUGAACAGCUGUCUCAGUCGACGACUACUACAAACGAACGGUUAAAUGGUCAGAGACAGCAGGUAGAUGAGAUAAUAGAGACAUUGGAGAAGCUGUCAAACAACAUCACGAGAGUUACUACAAGAUAUAAUGAACAGCAGUAUUCUCUAUUGGAGGUGGAACUUUCAUCAACAACCAAAGAGCAAGAGUUAUUAGUGGGUCAAGUACAAUCAGCUCUACAGGAUCUGACUUCGAAGAUCAACAUUCUUGCUGAGGAGCGGAAGUCAAGACUCACUGCUAACCACGACCUUUCUAAACAGCAACUUUCACAGAUCGCUGUUGAGCUUGGAAAUGUUGCAGGUAAUAUCGUCCCGAACCAUGUUAUGCCCCUUUUGGAUAGUCAGAAAGAAUCCCUAGAAGCACUGGCAAGUCAUGACGAAAGAAUCAAAUCAUCACUCAAGGAGGUCAAAGAUGGCUCUAAAUCAUUUGCCCAUCAGAUUUAUAAACAGACAAAAGAGACUAAGGCGAGCGUUGCGAAUGAUAUCUCCCAAAACAUCGAGGUGGCCCAGCAUUCAGCUACAGAACUUGGUCCUUUAGCAGAAAAGCUUGUUCAAGUAAACCAUACUGGUUAUGAAAGCCUUGGACGCCUUGUAGAAUCUCAGUCAGCAGAGUUGAGGGAAUCGCUUACAAAUAUCGAGACUAAUAUUGGUUCAUUUGAAUCAAAAAUCCUAGACUGCUCUGAAACUUUAGCUACAGAGCUCGGAGCCCAUCACGAUAUAUGGCAAGUUCAACAAGACCAGCAACUUAGAGAGCUCGGCGAUCUCAAAGUCUACACAACAGAAAACCUACAAGCUCGACUAGUACCAGAUGACAUGAUCCCAGACCGAAAAGCUUAUAGUUAUUUAAAGGUGCUUCCUAAAACACUCGCCCGAGACGUGCUUCUCAAGCAACCUUAUGAUGAGAAUACUAAUCCUAGAGAACCUCUACUGGACAUUGACAUUAACUCAGUUUCUUAA